AAAUCGAAAUUUCGCCGCCGUAAACAACGCAUGCAGACCUAUGUCCGAUUUUUUUGUGAAUUCAGAACGAAACACAGAAAGCUGAAAUAACGCCAACUUGUUUAUAAAUUCGGAAAAGCAAUUUAACUGCGUUGAUACAAUAAUUAUUGAACAAACAAUAUCUCAUAUUAGAUUGAUAUUUCGAUUUAUCAAAAAUAACAAUAACACCCAACCUACCCUCGCACAGGACGCCGUUGCCCCCCCGCGUCUUUGUUUUUGUGUGUUGUGUGUUUACUGUUUUGAUCAAUGAAAACAUUCGAUUCAAUGUACGCUGAUUUUUAAUUGUGUUGCGCGGAUAAAUAAGCCAGGGAAUUGGGGACCGUGCAAUGCAUUCUGCCGCCGGGAAGUUCAUGAGAAUUUGACAUUUAUGUGGAUGUUGUGGCUGCGCUGAGCCGCUUGCUGCAAUAGCAACUAAGUCUGAGGCUGCUGCAGCGGCGUGGGUCGAAUUCGCGCGGACACACCCACCCAAAAACAAGAGUAGUCCAAAGGCCCCAAUUGUUCAGUGGUAGUUUAGGCACAUACAUAUGUAUAUGUAAUUGCACGUGUGUGUGCGUGAGUGUGAGUGGCGAAAGGAACCGGGGCCGGGUAACAGAGGGACCGGUUUCGCAGAGCGCGAUUUACGAGUAAUUGACAAAGCAAACAAAUACUUGUACAACAACGAAUGCCGUCAUAAACGAGCUGCAAAAUGUUCCAGUGAACGUGCGCUCCAAUCAGAAAGAGAUUCACCAUCCUGUGAAGCGAAUGCAAGGGCGAAAAACAUGCCCAUCCUGCCCAGGAAUCUAUAAUUAGCGAUAUUUAGAGUACAAGUCCCACGCCCUAAACAUGGUCAUGCCCCCGCUGCAGACCCAACCUGGCACAUUCCUUGUGGCCCUUGGCCUAUGCUGCUGGCUUCUGGCGACGGCCACGGCACACAACUGUCAGCACCAGCAUCCCAAAGCCCAUGAGGUCGUCCAUGGCGUGCGCAUCCAACUGGCUGAUAGCGAUGAUGACGACGCCACCGGCAACGGCGACGCAGCCGUGCAUAGCGUGCGCCGACGCAGCGUCUCCGCCGAGCAGCCGCUGCGCAUUCUGCUCGUCUAUGAUGAUUCCGUUUACAGACUGGAGGAGGAGAAGUUCAAUUUGAUCAAUGACACAGUGCUGCCGGAGGCCGUGCAGUUCUGGGAACAGGCCCUGAUGGUACGAGAGACCAAGGGCAUUAUACGAUUGAAUAGAAAAUGCGACAGCACGCAGGUCUAUGUGAAGAACGGCCACACCCACUGCAUCGACCACUGCAAGGCAACGACAAUGUGCGGCGAGGUUCAAGUGCCCAACGAGCAUUUGGAUGUGUGUCGGGUAUGCAAUGCCACUGGUCAGAAUUGCCGGAUUGAUAGCAACACCCAGCCGGGGGAUGGCAUCGAGAAUGCGGACUUUGUGUUCUAUGUUUCGGCACGGCAGACGCAACGCUGCUUUAAGGGGCUAACUGUGGCCUAUGCGGCCCACUGUCAGCAGGAGGCGGCCCUGGAUCGCCCCAUUGCCGGCCAUGCCAAUCUCUGUCCGGAGAGCAUCAGCACCAAGCCGCAGGAGCUGCAGACCCUCAUAUCCACAGUCAAGCACGAGAUUCUGCAUGCCCUGGGCUUCUCCGUUAGUCUGUAUGCCUUUUUCAGGGAUGACGAAGGACGACCGCGCACUCCCCGCAAGUCGGAAACGGGCAAGCCGUUCCUGAACGAGAAAUUGCAGAUCCAUCAGUGGAGCAACGAGACCAUACGCAAGGUGGUGCGCGAGAACUGGUCUGUGCGUGGUGGCCAUGUCAAUAAGGAGAUCGAUAUGAUGGUGACGCCUCGCGUCGUGGCCGAGGCGCGUGCCCACUUCGAUUGUGAUAAACUCGAGGGGGCUGAGCUAGAGGAUCAGGGCGGCGAGGGCACCGCCCUGACUCACUGGGAGAAGCGCAUACUCGAGAACGAGGCCAUGACUGGCACGCACACACAGUCGCCGGUCUUCUCACGCAUCACCCUCGCCCUGAUGGAGGAUUCCGGCUGGUAUCGGGCCAACUAUUCCAUGGCCACUCCCCUAAGCUGGGGCAAGGGCCUGGGCUGUGCCUUUGCCAUGCGCAGCUGCAAGGAUUGGAUACAAAUGAAUCACUCCAGAGGCCGCUCCAUACAUCCGUUCUGCUCGAAGGUCAAGCAGGAUCCGCUGCAGACCGAAUGCACGGACGAUCGCAACUCGGUGGCGCUGUGCAAUCUCAUCCGGCACGACUACGAGCUGCCCAGGAGCUAUCAGAACUUUGAUAGCCUCCACAAUGUGAAAAGCGGCGAGGAGGGCUUCUACGGCGGCUCCGUUUCGCUGGCGGACCACUGUCCCUACAUACAGGAGUUCACCUGGCGCAGCAAGAACAUCAUAGUGCGCGGCUCCCACUGUCGCUUCGUCGAGAAUAAUCCGAAGCCGGAGAAAAACUUUGCCCUGGAGAGCUACGGCGAUGGCUCGAAGUGCUUUGAUCAUAGCGAGGCCAUGUGGGAGGAGCGCUCCUGCCAUCAGACCCGCGAAUGGCAGCACUGGGGCAGCGGCUGCUACAAGUAUACCUGUUUCGAUGGUCGCCUGCACAUCCUGGUGGGCAACUACACCUACAAGUGCUCGUUUCCCGGCCAAAAGCUCUCCAUUCGCAUAGCCGCCAAUGACUGGCUGCACAAGGGAGCGAUUAUGUGUCCGCCCUGUCAUGAGCUGUGCGGCUCGCACUUUGCCGCCCAGGGCAAACAGUGUCGCCCCAGCGAGGAGCCCGAUCCACUCAACAAAUAUCCGCGCGACAAUCUAGCUUGUGGCGCGGACAGCAGACACCAACGUUCUGUGGCCAUAAUCAGUGCUGCACUCUUGCUGGCAGCAGUUCUGCGGCUGGGGCAUAGUUAGGCUAUCCCCGGCCCGGUUUCAACUCUCGCUGAUCCACUUGGGUGCAGUUUUAUUUGCUCUACGUGUAUUUAGUGAAAUUUGUACAUUUUAGCUGUAUAUCCAUAAGCUCAAUUCGACUAAAUGUAGGGUCCUUUGUAAGCGUAAUUCCCCCCCCCCCAUCCCUUCGCCCAUGCCUAGCUAUAUCUUAGUGUAAAUGUGUUUUUUAUGUCCAUCCCUACAUGUGAUCUUUUUUGAGUGUGUCCGUGAGAGGAGAACAUUUACGGGCAGCUCUAGGUUUUCUUGAAUUCUGAUCUAAACAUUCCAAAGCCUGAUGCAGCCCCAGAGCCGGGUGGCUCUGUGUUGUUAUUUUGUUUCGCGUCGGCAACAAAACAAACCUUGUUAUUUAUUAUAAUUGUUUAAUUCUCGUUUUUUCGAAAUUCGUUGAUUUGAUUUUCAUGUGAUUUAUGUACUCGAUGAUUAGUAGUUCGUCGUCUAAGUUUAAACUUUAAAGUGUUUCAAGCUCAAUUUCAGCCUGCCUAUCGAGCAUUUAAUGAUUGUAUUUGUAUUCUGUAGUGGGGAUAGACUUGAAUUGUGAAUAAACAAAGAGAACAUGAUAUUGUA